AUGUUUUUUUUCUAUUCUUUUAUCUUUACACUGACCUUUGCAUUUUUUUGUCUCGUCAGCGAAUCAACACUUUCAGAUGCUAACUAUCUGACUAUAUACCCAUCACUAGAACUCAAUUUCGGGCCUUCAAAACUUCCUAUCACCCCCGAUCUUAGUGGUCGACAUCAGUUAAGCGCAAAUCUCGCGCCAUCUCCCUCACCUAAUCCGGAACUGGUUUUCCUCUCGCUUCUGUCUGCGUUGCCCUCUCCUUUUGAGUUGACUGUCACAGCUGUACAACCGCAUCAGGCCGCGAGUAUUGGCGGUCAUCUACUACAAAGCCAGCGACUUGCACAAGGCCCAGGAGCAUUCAAAUACUCCACAACAGUGACGCAAAUGUCUUCCAUCUCAACAUCAUGUCUUGAACGGCCUGUUUCUCCAAUGCCGAAGCUAGUAACAUUAGGAAAUGGGGCCUUGCCUAAUGGACAGAUACCAUUGCCUCAGCUUGCAUCUAGCGAUCUGGAGAUUUACAAAGGUAAGCUUAUGAGAAUAUUGUAG